GAGGAGAGAAUGGCGUGUGGCGUGUGCGCGUGCGUGAGCGCCUGGUACGCGGGACCAGACGCCUGUGGACUGAGGGCGCUUUGUAAUGGCUGUGUCUCCGUGCCGGGCUUUCGGCUUCGGUUACUUCUUUCGUUUCCUCUCACAGCCACUCGGGCUGCAGCAGAGAAACGGCCCCAGUGUGGGUAACAUUCUGAGUUUAGAGUGAAGCAUUCCACGCAAAGGGGCUGAAGACUAAAGAAGAUUAACCAAAUAGUUUUUGUAAUUUUGAAAACAUGAUCCACGGGUCGGUGACGUUCAGGGAUGUGGCCAUUGACUUCUGCCAGGAGGAGUGGGAGUGCCUGGACCCUGCUCAGAGGGUUUUGUACAGAGAUGUGAUGUUGGAAAACUACCGCAACCUCAUUGCAGCAGCAGGAAGUACCAUUUCUAAGCCGGAUGUGAUUGCCUUACUAGAGCAAGAGCAGGAGCCCUGGAUAGAUGUGAGGAAGCAGACAAGCAGGCGGGACCCAGAUUUGGAUUCAGAUUAUGGAGCUGAGAAAAUAUCUCCAGAAAAUUAUAUUUAUGAAAUAAAUUUACCCAAACAGGAUAUAAAGCAAAAAAGUAUUAUUCUUGGCCGUAAGUCUUCCAGUUUUAGAAGUGACUCAAAACACAAUUUUGACAGACUAAAUGGCUAUGAAGAAGGAUAUAUCAAUCAGAAGAUACUCAGUUAUGAGACAAAAAAGCCUAUUUAUACCAAGAAUACUCUUACUCACAGUACAGACAAACCAUACAAGUGUAAGAAAUGUGGGAAAUCCUUUAGUCAUCACUCAAAUCUUAUUCAACAUCAGAGUAUUCAUACUGGCGAGAAACCCUAUGAAUGUGAGGAAUGCAGGAAGGCCUUUAGACUUCGAAUACAACUUACUCAGCAUCAGAAAUUUCAUACUGGUGAGAAAUCGUUUGAAUGUAAGGAAUGUGGGAAGACCUUCAGAUGUGGCUCAAAUCUUGCUCAACAUCAGAAUAUUCAUGAUGGUAUGAAACUAUAUGAAUGUAAGAAAUGUGGGAAAGGCUUUAAUCAUAGUUCAAACCUCAGUCAGCAUCAGAAAACUCAUACUGGUGAGAAACCCUUUGUAUGUAAGGAAUGUGGAAAGGCAUUUAGAUUUCCUUACCGACUAGUUGAACAUCACAGAAGUCACACUGGUGAGAAACCCUUUGAAUGUAAGGAAUGUGGGAAGGCUUUUAGGCUUCACCUACAACUUUUUCGACACCAGAAAACUCAUACCGGUGAGAAAUCCUUUGUUUGUGAGGAAUGUGGGAAGGAAUUUAAAUAUCAUUACCUACUCAUUGAACAUCACAGAAUUCAUACUGGUGAAAAGCCCUAUAAAUGUAGGGAGUGCGGGAAAGGCUUUAAUCGUGGUUCAAACCUCAGUCAGCAUCAGAAAAUUCAUUCCAGUGAGAAGCCCUUUAUAUGUAAGGAGUGUGGGGAGGGCUUUAAAUAUCAUCACCAAUAUGUUGAACAUCACAGAGCUCAUACUGGUGAGAAGACUUAUAAAUGUGAGGAAUGUGGGAAGGUCUUUAUUCUUCUGACACAGCUUGUUCAACAUCAGAACAUUCAUACUGGUAAGAAGCCAUUUGAAUGUAAGGAAUGUGGGAAGACCUUCAGUUGUGGCUCAAAUCUUGCUCAACAUCAGAAUAUUCAUGCUGGUAUGAAACCAUAUGAGUGCAAGGAAUGUGGGAAAAGCUUUAAUCGUAGUUCAAACCUCAGUCAGCAUCAGAAGACUCAUACUGGUGAGAAACCCUUUGUAUGUAAGGAAUGUGGGAGAGCAUUUAGAUAUCAUUACCGUCUCAUUGAACAUCAUAGAAGUCAUACCGGUGAGAAACCUCUUGAAUGUAAGGAAUGUGGGAAGGCCUUUAGAGUUCACCUACAGCUUUCUCGGCAUCAGAAAACUCAUACUGGUGAGAAAUCCUUUGUAUGUAAGGAAUGUGGGAAGGAAUUUAAAUAUCAUUACCGACUCAUUGAACAUCACAGAAGUCACACUGGUGAGAAACCCUUUGUAUGUAAGGAAUGUGGGAAGGCUUUUAGACUUCACCUACAACUUUCUCGACAUCAGAAAACUCAUACUGAUGAGAAAUCCUUUGUUUGUGAGGAAUGUGGGAAGGCAUUUAGAUACCAUUACCGACUUACUGAACAUCACAGAAGUCACACUGGUGAGAAACCCUAUGAGUGUAAAGAAUGUGGGAAGACUUUUAGACUUCACCUACAACUUUCUCGACAUCAGAAGACACAUACUGGUGAGAAGUCCUUUGUAUGUAAGGAAUGUGGGAAGGCCUUUAGAUAUCAUCACCGACUUAUUGAACAUCACAGAAUUCAUACUGGUGAGAAACCCUAUAUAUGUAGGGAGUGUGGGAAAGGUUUUAAUCGUGCUUCAAACCUCAGUCAGCAUCAGAAAAUUCAUUCUGGUGAGAAGCCCUUUAUAUGUAAGGAAUGCGGGCAGGGCUUUAAAUAUCAUCACCAAUGUGUUGAACAUCACAGAAUUCAUACAGGUGAGAAACCCUAUGAAUGUAAGGAAUGUGGGAAGGCUUUUAGACUUCACUUACAACUUUCUCGACAUCGGAAAAUUCAUACUGGUCAGAAUCCCUUUGAGUAUAAGGAAUGCGAGACUCCUUCAGACAUCAGUACUAAUUUAUUGAACAUCAGAGAAUUUAUACUAGUAUGAAUCCCUAUUAAUGUGAAGGGAAAUAUUUUGACAGUAUUCAAAUCAUACUCAACAUCAGAAUAUCUAUGUUCGAAAGAAGCUCUUUGUAAGGCGUUUGAGAAGACUUUUAGUCUUUCCACAAAGACUAAAUUGUCAUAGUAACACCCAUACAGGUGAGAAACAAUGUGAAGGAUACGGGAAACCCUUUAAUUGUGUGUUAAACCCUGUUCAACAUCAAAGUGUUCAUGCUAAUGUGAAACCAUAGGAGUGGGAAUGUGGGAAAGGGUUUAAUUGUGGUUCAAACCUCAGCAUCAGAAAAUUGAUACUGGUGAAAAACUUUUUGUGAGAAAUGUGGGGAAGCUUUUCAGAGUCACUGAACAUCACAAUGCAUACUGAUGAGAAGCCCUGUAUAUAAGAGAUGUGAGAAAGCCUUUACACAAGUGUUUAUUGCCUAUCAGAAUCCUUACAGGUCUGGAAUCCUAUGAAUCAAGAAUGUGGGAAAGUCUUUAAAUGGUUUGCUUUAUUGACAUAAGAAAAUUCAUAACAUCAGUGUGUGGAGAAGCCUUUGUAUGAAAAAUUUCCUCAUCAGAGAAUUCAUAUUGACAAAGAAUUCUGUGUAUAAAAGACCAUGGGAAAAACUUUCAUCAUGGCUUGGGAUAUGCUCAGUAUCAGAGUAUUCAUAUGGGUGAGAAGCCCCUUUGGUAAAAGAACAACGAUAGAUACUUAAGAGAGUCCUUGAAUGUGAGGAAUAUAGCCAAUAUAGUCGUCCUGUUUAUAAUUUAUUCCCCAUGAAAUAAAUUGUAAUAGCUAUGGUAAUUCCAUAAUCUUAGGAAAACCUUCAAGUACUACUCAAUCCAGCAUACUCAAACUACAAAAAAAUUAUUGGAAGAAAUGUUUAAAAAGCUUUACCUAGGCACAUUAGCUUUUAUCAUUACCAUUCUAC